UCCCGGCGGCGGCGGCGGCGCAGGCGGCGGCGGCCGCCGAGGUGUGUGGGCCCGAGCCCACGCCGGGCGCUUCCUGCCGGCUCCGUGAUGGCGGCCGCGGCGGCGGUGGCCGCGCCGGCAGGUGUGGAGGAUGGAGGGCCUCGGUCCCGCGGCGAAGGGGCAGGGGAGGCGGUCGUGGAGCGGGGGCCCGGCGCGGCCUACCACAUGUUCGUGGUGAUGGAGGACCUGGUGGAGAAGCUGAAGCUGCUCCACUACGAGGAGGAACUCCUCCGGAAGAACAACCUGAAGCCCCCGUCCAGACAUUAUUUUGCACUGCCUACCAACCCUGGUGAACAGUUCUACAUGUUUUGCACUCUUGCUGCUUGGUUGAUUAACAAAGCAGGACGCCCUUUUGAGCAACAUCAAGAAUAUGAUGACCCCAAUGCAACUAUAUCUAACAUAUUAUCUGAGCUUCGAUUAUUUGGCAGAACUGCAGAUUUUCCUCCUUCAAAAUUAAAGUCAGGUUAUGGAGAACACGUAUGCUAUGUUCUUGACUGUUUAGCAGAAGAAGCAUUAAAAUAUAUUGGUUUCACUUGGAAAAGACCAACAUACCCAGUGGAAGAAUUAGAAGAAGAAACUGUCCCAGAAGAUGAUGCAGAAUUAACAUUAAAUAAAGUGGAUGAAGAAUUUGUGGAAGAGGAGACAGACAAUGAAGAAAACUUUAUUGAUCUCAACGUUUUAAAGGCCCAGACAUAUCGCUUGGAUAUGAACGAGUCUGCCAAACAAGAAGAUAUUUUGGAAUCCACAACAGAUGCUGCAGAAUGGAGUCUCGAAGUGGAACGUGUACUACCACAACUGAAAGUCACGAUUAGGACUGACAAUAAGGAUUGGAGAAUCCAUGUUGACCAAAUGCACCAACACAAAAGUGGAAUAGAAUCUGCUCUAAAGGAGACCAAGGGAUUUUUGGAUAAACUUCAUAAUGAAAUUAGUAGAACUCUGGAAAAGAUCGGCAGCCGAGAAAAGUACAUCAACAACCAGCUUGAGCAUUUGGUUCAAGAAUAUCGUGCAGCCCAAGCCCAACUGAGUGAGGCACGGGAGCGAUACCAGCAGGGUAAUGGCGGAGUAACGGAAAGGACCAAGCUCCUGUCUGAGGUGACAGAAGAACUAGAAAAGGUAAAGCAAGAAAUGGAAGAAAAAGGCAGCAGCAUGACUGACGGUGCUCCCUUGGUAAAGAUUAAACAGAGCUUAACAAAGCUGAAGCAAGAAACCGUUCAGAUGGACAUCAGAAUUGGUGUUGUAGAACACACAUUACUCCAAUCAAAACUCAAGGAGAAGUCCAACAUGACUAGGGACAUGCAUGCAACAAUCAUUCCAGAAUCUUCAGUAGGCUCUUAUUAAAACAUACUGGUUUUCAUGCUUUUGAUUAGUUGUUUUUUUAUAUCAAAGUGUAUUUCAUGUCACAUAGAUUUCAAAACACAAUUAUACCUCCUAAAGCAUGUUCAGUGGGUAUUUGUUUACAUAUAUAUGCAUGCAUUUGUAUCAUGGUGAUUAUGGAUAGUUAAAGCCUUUAAAUUGAAUAUAAUAUUUAAUAAAGUAAUUAAAAAUUCUCACUUUCAAAGAAGCUUUCACCUAUCAUUACAGAUGUUAAAACCCCCACCUGGUGGCAUAUUUUUCUUAUUGUUCUUGUGUAAGUCAGUGUACAUGACCCAUGCUGUCUGUAGCGGCUGCUGUUGCUGUCACCACAUGGACCUUUGCACCAGCCUGGCACCUUCAGUUUGGUCCACCUCUGCAAGGAUCUCAAGUGCUUCUGUGCCCAGAGGCAGCUAAUGAGGGAUGAGGAUCCUUUUAAGAAUCCGAAUUACCCUUGCCUCAGCUUUAUUACCUAGAAUUAUAUUUCUUUAGAAAAAAUAUGAAAAACUCUAGUGUCUUUACUAACAUUUGAAGUUUAUUAACUAUUGUAUUUCAUGACUAAAAUGAUUUUAUUUUUUCUCUAAGGCCACCAAAUAAAUAAAUAAAUAAAUAAACAAACAAACAAACAUUUCAGUCAUGUUUGACUCUGUAGUGACAAAAAAGGCACAUACAUGUCUCAGUUCUAUUUUUUUCUGUUGUAUCGGCUGUACUGAAGAAUCAUUUUGCAGCACAACAGGAGACAGCAAGACAAGUGAAGAUCAGCUUCCCAGUGCUGAUAAUCUUUACUUACACAUCUUACUGAACAACCUUGUAGUCUGGGACUUUGUUUUUUUUUUUUUUUAAAGAUUUUAUUUAUUUAUUCAUGAUAGACACACACACACACAGAGGCAGAGACACAGGCAGAGGGAGAAGCAGGCUCCAUGCUGGGAGCCCAACGGGACUCGAUCCCGGGACUCCAGGAUCACACUCUGGGCCAAAGGCAGGCGUUGAACCACUGAGCCACCCAAGGAUCCCCUAGUCUGGGACUUUAAAUUGGUGAAAUAGGCAAUAUUAGAGUGACCAGACUUAAACACUGGGGGAGACUGGUAAGGAGAGCACAAACCAGAAGAUAGCCCUCAUUUAUGCUUUAAAAAGAAGGAAAAAGGGGUGCCUAGGUGGCUCAGCCAGUUAAGCAUCUGCCUUCAGCUCAGAACUCUGGGAUUGAGCCCCAAGUCGAGUUCCCUGCUCAAUGGAGAGUCUACUUCUACCACUGCCUCUGCCCCUCCUCCCAGUCAUGCACUCGUGCUCUCUCUCAAGUAAAAUCUUUAAAAAGAAGAAGAAAAAGAAAUCUAGUAGUAGCUUUUCAUGAGAAUCCUAUAUAUACAUAGGACAACAAAAAUAAUAAAAUCCCUUUCUCAAAUUUUAUCCUAAUAUUUUCUCCCCCCUAUUUUUUGCUUUAGUCUUUCCUUUGCAGAUCACACACACACACACACACACACACACACACACACACACACAAAUUUUUUCCCUCCUUCAUUCUCUUCUUGAGUUUAAGCUCAGAUAAAAGAAAAUCAGUAUGCAUAAACUAUUCUGUGGCUCAAGAGGAUGACAAUAAAUGCAAUGGCAAAUAAGUCAUUUCAUUUAGUUUGUGAUAAUAGGCAGUUUGAAAAAAAAUCCAAUAUUUUUUUUCCUUUAUUUUAUGUUCAUUGGGGCCUAGAGGAGGGAAACCCAAACUUGGGUUCCACAAGCGAACACUGAUUCUCUUGGAACUUACUUGCAUAGGUGUUGUCAUGGCCGCACAGUUUUUUGAUGAAUUCCAUCAAUGCAGAGAAUCCUUCUAAAUAAAUCAGCUCUCCAUAAAAUGUACUUUUGCUCAGAAGCAAAGUACACUCUUUACUUUGUGGAAACAUGCACUAAUCUAACAACUCUUCUAGGAAGUAGUAUGGGCAACCUAUUUUUAUUUUCUUCUCCGAAGUAAUCAGUUUACUCAGUUUGGGCUUGGUACCCCUCUUCUCUGUUCCCACAGAACACUGAAUACCUCUACACAGAAUAUAUUGCAUUGUAAUUAUCUAUUUUCUUCUACCUUCUCUCAUAGACUAAGCUGCUUGAGAAUAGGGAAAAAGUUUUUUUCAUUUCCAUAUUUCUAGCCAAGUACCUAGCACACAGAGCAUGAGUUUCUAAGAGGAUGUUUGGAUGACUGGCAUUACCCAGUUCCAGAAUGUCUCAUAGUUCCUAUUCUUCAGCAUGGCGAAUUUAAUGACUUCAAGUCUGAGUUUUGACACAGUUUCGAGACAGUAAUUGUAAAUUAUGUUUUUCCCCCUGUGGUAUUGCUUUGGAAUUGGAAGCAUCAGUAUGGGCACACGGUUCUUCAGAUUAAUAGAAAUAAAUUAAUAAUAAAUUAAUAAAUAAUUCAGAUUAAUAGAAAUAAAUAUAUAGAAAUAUAUGCAUACAUACGUGCACGUAUUUACUAUUUCUGUCCUCUAAGAGGGCCUAGAGCAGUGACACCUCAGGGACAGUGAGAAUGCCUCACACUCAGAUCUUGGUUUUUAAAUCUUCUACUUAAAAACAAAAAAACAGGUUUCUUAGGAGAAUGAUUCCUGGGCUGGGACAGGGAAAGCACAAUAUGAGCCAGAAUAUCUUGUUCCGCCAGAAAGCAAAGAAGUACUCAAAGAAUGAUGGGAAACUCGUCAAAGGACACAGACUGAGGGACGUCCCAACCAGCCAAUCUGGGACAAUUGAACAUUAAAAUAAAUAAUGAUAGUAAUGAAUUAUAACCUACAGAAUAAAACAAGAAACCAUGAGUCCAUACAGGUAGAAAUUGUUAAAAUUAAUGAAGGAAUCCUCACUUUGAAAAAUGGAGUCAGAAAGCCCUGAGGGGGAGCUCUCAUGCACAUACCACUUGUUGCAGCCUGCAUAACCAGCAGAGAGAAGGAAGAUAAAAAUUAUCUUGACAAGGAAAGACAUUUUUCACAUAGGAAUUUCAUUUUCUGCUUUUAAGAAAAAAAAAGGAAGAUUCCCUUCUUGCCCCAGCAACAAAGCACUAACCAUCACUCGCAGCCAAUGAGAAACUGCCACAACCUUCAACUCUUGCUCUUCCCCUGUGAACUUCUGUAAAAAUCAACCCUCCCCAAUUUCCUCCUAAAACCUAGUAAAAGCUAACUUUCCUUUUGUCUCUUCAGACUUGCCUAUGGUUCACAAUAGCUUGCCUGUCCCAUAUUACAAUUCCUCUGCUAUUUCUAAAUAAACUCAUUUUGCUAGUAAAAAUAACUUAGUAUUUUAUUUUUAAUGUUGACAAAAUAAGUGAAUCAAUGGACGAAGAGAGAGGUCUUCCUUACAAUAGAAUGACAGCUAAUGUAAAAAGAAUAUAGCAUUUAGAAAUUGCCAUCUGGCAAUUAACCAUAGUAGUAAUUGUUUGGGGCAAGAGUCAUCGAAAGAUAUAUGAAAGGAUUUCAAUCCAAAAUGGAACCGGAGGCUAUGAAAUGGGGACUCCCAUCCAUGUAGCUCUCAGAACAGAAUUUGAGAACUGAGAGACUGAUUUUUCAUAAAUGCCUGAUUUAUAGAAGACCAAGAUUUAUUCCUCUGAAUAAACUCAAUUUCCAGUAAUUCAAGUUUGCCUCAGUUUACUUCUUCAUUUAGGUUGACAAAUGCUAAAACUACUAAGUGAAAGUUUAAUGAAAAUCUGAAUAUUUACAUCGUCUCAAACUAAGUAAACUAUUCCAUGAAGAGAAAAAAAUGAUAACUUUACAGAAGAAAAACCUGGCAGACAUUUUAAAUGAUCAAGAGUUAACGUCACUAGUAAUGGAACAAAUAGACAUCAUGUGUCUCCUGAGAAGGCAAACAUCUAUGGGGUUCCUUCUGAAAGUGCAUAGCUUGAAUCUAUCAUGAGGAAACAUCAGACGAAUCCAGUAGAGGGGCACUGUACAAAAUGGCCUAUAUUCUGCAAAAAUGGUAAGAGCAUGAAAAACAAGAAACAGUGAGGAACUCCUCCAAAAGGAGACAUUUACAUGCAACAAGUGAUUCCAGUUUGGAUCCUGGAGCAAGAAAGACUUGUUGUUGUUGUUAGAAAAGGACAUUAUUGAGACAGGUAAAAUUUGAAUAAAUUCUGUAGACUGAAUAAUAGUAUUAAUGUUAACUUUUAAACUAUUUAUACUAUAGUUAUAUAGAGGAAUAUCCUUGUUUUUACCAAGACACAUGAGUAUUUGGAGGAGUAUCCUAUCAGUAACUUGCUCUCAAAUGAUUUGGGGGAGAAAUAUGUGAAUGUGUAUGUGUUUGUAUAGUCACAUAUAUGUAAAGAGAAGGAUGAUAAUAAAAUUUGGUGAAUUGUUAAUAUUUUGGAAAUCUGAAGGAAGGUCAUAUAGAAAUCCAUUGUAUUUUUUUAAGGAGGUGCAGCUUUUUUUAUUGCAGUAUAAUUAACAUACAGUGUUACAUUAGUUAUAGGUAUACAAUAUAAUGAUUCAGCGGUUCUAUACAUUACUCAGUGCUAAUCAAAAUAAGUGUACUCUUAAUCCCGUUUAUGUAUUUCACCCAGCCCUUCUCUCUGCCUCUCCACUGGCAACUACCAGUUUGUUCUCUGUAUUUGAGAGUAUGUUCUUUAGUUUGUCUCCUGUUUUCUGUGCUUGGUUUUUUGUUGUUUCUCAAAUUCCACAUAUGAGUGAAAUCCUAGGUAUUUGUCUUUCUUACCUGAUUUAUUUAAUUUAGCAUGAUACCCUCUAGGUCCAUCCAUAUUGUUGCAAACAACAAGAUCUCAUUCAUUUUUAUGGCUGAGUAAUAUUCCAAAGUUUAUAUAUAUAUAUAUAUAUAUAUAUAUAUAUGUCACAUCUUCUUUGUCCAGUCAUCUAUCUGUGGAUACUUGGAUUGCUUCCAUAUCUUGCCUAUUAUAAAUACUGCUGCAGUAAAAAUAAAAGUGCACAAUCUUUUUAAA